UCAUUCGUAAAGCCACCUAGACCCCAGUUAGACCUCAUUAAAGGUCAGGGGUUUUAGAGGCUAUUUUGGAGGUCAAAUUCAAACUUUUCUCUAUUGAGGCACAUGACUCUUCCUGUAUUGACUUCCGUGGUGUUAUCUAGUGAAAGCCAUAGAGGAGGGACCAGAGUUUAUGGUUUUAUGACUCUUAUAACACACUGACACGGUCAAACACACUCCCAUCGUGGUCCAGCGCUCGGGUCGGUGUGAAGCCUGUUGUGGAUUCAUUCUAGAGUUUGUUGGAUACUGUGUGGAUUUGAUCAUGUCGACGGGGGUUCAGCUGCUGGGGUUUCUGAUGUGUUUGGGAGGCUGGCUGCUCUCCUUCGUGUCGUUGGUGAAUGAUUCGUGGCGCACCUCGACGUUUUCGGAUCAGGUGAUCACGUCUGUGUGGUACUAUCAGAACCUGUGGCAGUCCUGUGCCGAGGGAAGCACCGGCGUCACAAACUGCAAGCAGUUUGAGUCCAUGCUGUCUCUGUCUGGAUAUAUCCAGGCCUGUCGAGCUCUGAUGAUAAUCGCUCUCAUUCUGGGUUUGCUGGCUGUUAUUCUGGCCGCGAUGGGCCUCAAGUGCACUAAACUGGGCAGCACAUCUGAGGAGUCGAAGGGCAAGAUCAGCCUCACAGCCGGAGUCUUGUUCAUCCUGUCAGGUGUGUGUGUUAUGGUAGCCGUGUCGUGGUACGCCGCUCGAGUCGUUCAGGAGUUUAAUGAUCCGUUUUACGGAGGAACAAAGUAUGAACUGGGCGCCGGUCUGUAUCUGGGAUGGGCGGCAGCCGCUCUGGCUAUACUGGGCGGAGCAAUCCUCUGCACUUCCUUUAAAAGCUCAAGACCUGCGCAAACACGGGGUCACGACUAUAACUACAGCUCUUCACAGCCGCAGAAGAUCUACAGACCAGCGCCGGCGUCAGAAAACAGCACCUCUAAAGCUUAUGUCUGAGCCUCUCCUUUCAGCUUUCAUUUUUUUUGUACGUGGAAAUGUGUAUUUUGUUCAGUACUUGCAUUUUAGAAGUCAACGAAUUGAGCUUAUUUAAUUGACUGAAUGUGCACGGUUCAUUAUUUCAUAAUCUCGCAUCAGAAUGUAUAUAACUUUCUCCGCUUAUAUGAGAAGACUUCAGUUUUCAAGGUUCAGUCAGCAGAUGCUUUCAGAUAAGAGUUAGAUGCUUUAUAAUAAUUCACUGCAUGUAAAAUAUCAGCUUCGACUCAGUUCUGAUGAAACACUCACUUUACAGUGGAGUUAUUAUAGUGAACUAAAACUAAAACCAAAAUCAUUGAAAAAAACUUGAGUUACUUGAAAUUAUUUUUUUUUUAAACUUAAACUUAUUUUAUUUCAGCUAGUCGCCAAACCAAUAUUUCUCAUUUUCAUUUAGUUUAACUUGAAGUACUUAAAUAACUCAAACUAAAACUGAAAUAACAAUGUAUAAAAAGUAUCAAAACUAAUACAAAUGACAACUAAAAUUAAAAAAAUAAAAACUAAUUGCUUUACACCAUCACAUCAAUCCCCUGUACAUUUGUUUCUCAUUAAACAUCUUUUUUUCCCGCAUUAACUUCUAUGUCAUGUAAAUUUUCAUGCUAUUUAGUAUGUUAUGUAGAUGUUACAUGGUCUGUUCUGGUGUUUUGAAAAGCUCUUUAUUUUCUGAAAUUGCUAGUAUGUGUGUUUUGUCAUUGUUUCUGUGAGUAAAACAAUUCUGUGAAGUUUCUGCAACCGUGCAAACAGUUUUUUUUUUCAAUGUUUUACUGCAGAUAUCAGCCAGAUCCCAGAGAUUUCUUUCAUUUUCAGUUUUAUUGAAAACAGUGUGUAAAGCGUGUGCUUGAUUCCAACCUGUUAAAAAACUGACCUUGUCCCUUCGGCUGAAGACCUUGGAAUGGAACUGACAAUAAAGAUUCAUAAAUCAA